AUUUAUCUCCUUCUGCUCUUAGUGCAGAAAUGUAAUCAAUGAUUUUUCAUUUUGUUGAUUUGGAUCCACAGUCACCUGACCUUAGCGGAAUAACAUGGUUCAAUCUUUCUGCCAUUCAGCUUGGACUGGUGGUUAGUGGUUCCCUAUAUGGGGCUCUUCUNGGCUCACUUCUCGCAUAUGCUAUAGCUGAUUUCCUUGGGAGGAAGCGACAACUCAUUGCUGCAGCACUGUUGUAUAUAGUUGGUGGUGUGGUUACUGCAUAUUCACCAGAACUUGGUGUUCUCUUAGCAGGAAGGAGAGGAAUGAAGCUCAGUUCUAGAGAGAGAAGGGAUCCUCACAGCUUCCAGAGUGAUCAACAUAAGUGAGGACAUCUUUGAUGGAUUUAAUUGUACUCUUCGUGGGGGGAAUGUCACUCACCAGUCACCAUGAAUACAUUCAGGUUGGAAAAGGAAGGGAUGUUGGGUUGAAUCAAGUAUCAAUGUCUGAAGCAAAGGUUGCUAGUGGAAAUGGGGAGCAAGUCCUAAGUAGAGAUGUGUACAGAUUGGCAAAUAGGCUGGAUUUUUUCCGGAUGUUGUCAUUCUUUUACACUACUGUGGGGUUCUUCUUUAACACAAUGAUUGUGAUUCUGAGUGUUUAUGGGGUCGGCUAUAUCUUGCGCUUAGUUGGUUUGCUGGAAUUCACUAAAUUGAAAUUCAUUGAUAUUUUUACUAGCUUGCUGGCAUUCGUUCCCACAGGUUGGUGCCUGGUAUCAAUUGCCCAAGUAUUCCAACCACUUUUGCAGUCCACUAUCAUUUGGGAUUGUGUUGUUUCAGUGGCUGGCCUAUAUGACAUAAUGUUUGGAGUCAUUGUUAUGGCCCCUGUAUCAUGGUUGCCUGGAUUUCAGAAUACGCAAACCAGAAUACUUUUUUUCCUGUCCUGUGGAUAGGGGAGAUUAAUCUUUUGUUUUACUUUGAUGAUCAUAUUUGUUAUUGUAAUUAGUCAAUUCUGAUGUUUUUUAAAAAAAGCACGAAGAGAUGUCUGUUAUCCUCGUCUCCUACUCUCCCUUGUUUGUGUGAACUUGUUCUAAGAUUUUGUAACUUAGUUGCUUAGAAAAGAUAAAUUUAGAGGGAAACAAUUUUGUUAUAUUGUCUAACCUCAAGGAUCUUUUCAGAUUGUAUUAUUUAAACUUUGGAUUGCUUCACGAACUCACUUGCUCUUCAAUUUUUAUUGGUAUCCGAAGCAAUAUUUUGAACUCUUCUUUGAUCACGUGCCAAAAGUAGAUAAAUUGAUGGCUGGAAUAAGGAUGUUCAAUUGUCCAGGAAUAGUUGAGAGGGAACGGUGCACUAGCAUGACUAUUUCAUGGAUGCUACAAAUUGUUCAGGUGUGCAUGUUUCUUCCUUAAACUUUCCUUCUUUUAAUCUCUUUUAGUGUUGAAAAAUAGCUACUAACUAAUGAAUUACAUAACUGAGUCGUGGUACCAUUCCACAAAAGUCUUGGAAGUAUUAUCCGUGGAAUUGAAAUACCAAAGUGGUUCAACAAUCAGGUUUGUGAGCAUGGACGAUUCAAUAACCAUAGAUGUCUCUCCUUUUGUGCAUGACAAUAUAGGUAUCGGUUGGUAAAUGAGCAAUGGUUGAAAUUUGGCAGCUCCGUCCCUUGAAGAUACAAAAUUGUUAUUAUAAAAUUCACUUCUAUAGUUUAGAUUGUUCU